UGCGCAGUGCGGCCGACGAUUGCUGUAGCUGGAAAGUUUGUAUCACUCUAUAUUUUGACGAAGAUAUCGCUCGAUAAUGUCGCAUCCUGCGGGAGACGGACUGUUUCGGACGUUUUUCCGGUAAAACGGACAGGAAACGGGGCGGGCAUGGCCGUAGCAGCUGCUCUGUACAUCCGAGCUGCCCUACGAGGGUCUGGGGUCAGUUUGUACCGAAGCUGAAUGGAGUUUCUGCCGUUGGACGCGGCGUCCUGGCCUAACCACCGUCGCUAGCAACACAUCCCCCGGAGAGACUGUUUACCAUGAAGCUGCCUCUGUAACAAGAGGAGACUUAUUCUCAGAUCUGGAUUGGCUCUAUCGAUAACCACCAACAUGUCUGACCAAAACUACUACUGGACCGUGUUGCCAAGCUACAAAACUAGUUUUGUGACUGGGGCCAUGAUGAAAAGAUCGAAAAGUUCCCGUAACAACAAGAGAAGGAGUUUGGCGGUCGGGACCCCAUCGCCCACACUGUCACGACCGCUUUCACCUCUCCCACUUGCCACAGCUGGCAGUAGCCCUUCGGAAAGCCCCAGAAAUGUCUCUGCCAGCACCUCUGCCAACUUCCAGUUUGCUCGCAGCCAACUGGCCCGCAGUGAAAGCAGAGCGGAUGGGCGAAGAUGGUCUGUGGCGUCUGUUCCGUCAUCUGGAUACUGCACCAAUGCGCCCAGUUCAUCAGUAUCUUCAUCUUCUUCCCAAGAGUUAUUGCACCAGUUGCCCUUCCAGCCCACGCAAGAUGAUCUCCACUUCCUCUUCAAACAUUUCCGUAGCACGGAGAGUGUGGCGGACGAAGAAGGAUCUCACCCUUCGCCCCCUGUCAGACUCCGUUCACGCAGUCUCAGCCCUGGACGGACCUGUGGAGUAUUUGAUAAUGAAAUUGUCAUGAUGAACCAUGUCUACAAGGAACGCUUUCCGAAGGCGACAGCCCAGAUGGAGGGUCGACUGCUCGACAUCAUUGCAGAGUGUUCCCCAGGCACUGCUCUGCCCUUGGCUGAUGGUGUGCUGGGAUUCAUUCAGCACCAGCUGGUGGAACUCGCCAGAGACUGCCUGGACAAGUCCCAGAAAGGCCUGGUCACCUCCAGGUACUUUGUGGAGCUUCAAGAGAAAUUGGAGAAGCUGCUACAUGAGGCGUAUGAGCGUUCAGAGAGCGAGGAGGUGACCAUCAUCACCAAACUGGUCAAGAAGAUUCUCAUCAUCAUCUCCAGGCCUGCCAGGCUGUUGGAGUGUCUGGAAUUUGAUCCAGAGGAGUUUUACCAGCGUUUGGAGGUUGCAGAGGGCCAGGCCAAGGUGGGCCAGGGCAUUAAGACUGAUAUUCCUAGAUACAUCAUCAGCCAGCUGGGUCUUACCAGAGAUCCUCUGGAAGAAAUGGUCCAUCUGGAGCAGACAAGUCCAAGUCACAGAGCAGCCAGCAGAGAAUCUGAUGAUGCUGUAGAGGUUUUACCUAUACAGAGCCGAGCAGCCUGCACCCCUCCUCGUAGAAAACCACUGGAGAGCGACUUUGAGACUAUAAAGCUCAUUAGCAAUGGCGCCUAUGGGGCUGUAUUUCUGGUGCGCCACAAGGAGACCCGUCAACGUUUUGCCAUGAAGAAGAUCAACCGGCAGAACCUGAUUCUUAGGAACCAAAUCCAGCAGGUGUUUGUGGAGCGAGACAUCCUCACCUUUGCUGAAAACCCAUUUGUGGUUUCUAUGUUCUGCUCUUUUGAGACCCGGAGACACCUCUGCAUGGUCAUGGAGUAUGUGGAAGGUGGGGAUUGUGCAAACCUUUUGAAGAACAUUGGUCCUCUGCCUGUGGACAUGGCCAGGUUGUAUUUUGCAGAGACUGUCCUGGCCCUAGAGUACCUUCACAACUAUGGCAUCGUACACAGAGACCUCAAACCUGACAAUUUGUUAAUCACCUCCAUGGGACACAUUAAGCUGACAGACUUUGGGCUGUCAAAAAUCGGUCUUAUGAACAUGACGACCAACUUGUAUGAAGGACACAUUGAAAAAGAUACCAGAGAAUUCAUCGACAAACAGGUGUGUGGCACUCCAGAGUAUAUUGCUCCAGAGGUGAUCUUGAGGCAGGGCUAUGGGAAGCCUGUGGACUGGUGGGCCAUGGGCAUUAUCCUGUAUGAGUUCCUGGUGGGCUGUGUGCCUUUCUUUGGAGACACACCAGAGCAGCUCUUCGGUCAAGUGGUCAAUGAUGACAUCAUCUGGCCGGAAGGGGAAGACGCUCUGCCAGCUGAUGCUCAGGAUCUCAUCACCAGACUGCUGAGGCAGAGUCCUCUGGAGCGCCUGGGAACAGGUGGAACCACUGAGGUGAAGAUGCACACAUUCUUCCUGGGCCUGGACUGGAACGGCCUCCUCAGGCAGAAAGCUGAAUUCAUACCUCAACUGGAGACUGAGGACGACACUAGUUACUUUGACACCCGAUCAGAGCGUUACUGUCAUCUGGGCUCAGAUGAAGAUGAUGAAACCAACGAUGAUGAAUCAUCUCUGGAGCUUCGACAGUUCUCGUCUGUAGCCCACCGUUUCAGCAAGGUGUACAGCAGCACAGAGCACCUGUCCACCUCCACACCAUCCAACCAGAGCCUGUCGUCAUCAGAGCGAAGCCACAGCGAGGAGAAGGAGGAGCGCUGGGAGGGCAGGGGAGUCCUUUCCCCUGGCGACGGACACAAACACUUGGCUAGUGGAGACAGGAGGGCAGAUGGACACAGGGGGAGUCUCCGUCCCCGUGCAUCCUCCAGUUCCUCACAGUCAGAGCGCAGUGCCAGCCCACUGGUGAUGAACAGCACCCAGAGCCUGGACAUCAUGCCUCGCUUUGCCAUCGCUGCAGAUGAAGAAGAUGGGAUGGUUUCUAACCUGCGACGCAUCCGUCUCCGGAGCAACAGCACAGGCACGAGGCCGUCAUUCCGGAGAGGGGCGUCCAGACGAAUCGCACACCAGCUGGAGACCCCAGAAAAGCCCAGAUCCCCGGCCGGAAAGGUCCCCAAGUCUGCAUCAGUCUCUGGCCUUUCUCUCAUUAUUACCCCAGACGACUCAGCUGGUCCUCCAACCAGCCCCAAAUCCUCUUUGUCCCUGUCGUCCAACCCGUCGUCCAGAGACUCGUCUCCCAGCCGCGACCUGUCUAUCAGCAUCAGCUGCCUGAGGCCUCCUGUGGUCAUCCACAGCUCUGGGAAGAGGUUUGGUUUUGCGCUUCGAGCUAUCAGAGUCUACAUGGGAGACAGUGACGUCUACACUGUUCAUCACAUGGUCUGGUGUGUUGAGGAUGGCAGCCCUGCACACGAGGCAGGACUGAGGGCAGGUGACCUCAUCACUCACGUCAAUGGGGAGUCGGUCCAAGGACUCGUACACACUGAGGUGGUGGAGCUCCUGCUCAAGAGUGGCAACAGGGUAACCCUGCAAACGACCGCACUUGAGAACACUUCUAUCAAGGUGGGACCUGCUAGGAAGGCGAGCUACAAGGCUAAGAUGGCCCGACGAAGCAAAAAGAGCAAGAGGAAGGAUGGACAAGACAGCAGGCGACGUAGCAUCUUGAAGAAGCUGUCUAAGCAUACGCCUCCUCCACCAAUGCAGAGCAGCCGUAGCUUCUCUUCAGGCUUUCACCAGUCAUCUAGUGACAGCCUCUCUGGUUCCCCGACACAGAGUCUCUCUCCUGGGCCUUCUACUCCGUGUCGCUCCCCUGCUCCUGACCACUCUGGAGAUUCAAGUUCUUCUCCCUGCUCCAGCUCUCCUAACUCACCUGUACCGCAGGCUCGUCCCAGCUCCCUUCACGUCUUGGGUCGCUACACGAAAGCCGGUCGCUGCAAGUCCACCAGCAGCAUCCCCCCUUCACCUCUGGCCUGUAUCCCCCCACCUCAGCCUCUCUCUCCCCAGUGCUCUCCAUCCUGUCUCCCGAGUCACCCCAAGUCCUUACAGGGUUUCCACGGCAAGACGUUGUCCCCUCCCACUAUUGCCCGGCAUUCUGUGCGUCCCCGGAGUGCAGAACCGCCACGCUCACCAUUACUCAAGAGGGUCCAGUCCGCAGAGAAGCUGACAGGGGACAAGUCGACGGGGGGUUACCAUGGAGACAGGAAGGCUUACAGCACCCGCCGCCACACCAUGGAGGUGCCUCUGUCUGAGAGCGAGGGACUGGAGGACGUAGAGGGGGACACCGCCACAGCGUUCGUCUGUGUCGGCGAGCACGGUCGCCAGGGGCUGUACAUCGGAGGGCAGAGAGGCCACCAGGACACAGCCAGCGGAGGCAACGAGUACCACCGUCCUACCGCCUCGCCUCAACACCGCGGCGGCAACCACCAUUCAAAAGAGGUGGUGGUGAUGAGGAAGCUGGCUCUGUCAGAGCGAAGGGACUCCUUCAAAAAGCAAGAGGCCGUGCAAGAGGUGAGCUUCGAUGACUUGGACGAGAGAGAGAUGCUGAGCCCCACGGUUCCCAUCGUGCAGCCAAAGGCAUUCAAGGCGUCCUGGAUCAACUCGUCCCAAUCAGAAUCCAGUGUGAAGCUGGGAGGAAGAGGAUCACAGGGUACCACUCAGCAGAAAGCCAAGUCAAAAGACAAAGAAGGGUUUUAGUGUUUCUGCCAGGGAUAACAGGUCAACAAAGUGAAGUCUGUGACCUGAUACUGUUCGUACAUUUGAAGGCCUCGCAUGUGUCCAGAAAACUGUGACCAAGUCCCACAUCAUCUCAAGCAACUGCUUGAAGACAGAAGAACAAAACAAAAUCUAUGUUUUUCAGUAAUACAUGCAUCCUGCAACACUGUUAAUAGAAUGACUGCCAAACUAUGUUUACUUCCAAGUUGCUUGUUUGGUUCUCAAAUCACUGUGGCACCUGUAACUGAUGUAUUUUGUAAAUAGCUUUUGUUUUAAAUGAAGGAACUUAUUUAUGACUUUUUAUGCUCAUCUUGUUUUUUGGUUGCUAAAAAUACCUUGGAUUCUUCAACCGUUCUUUUUUCAGGAAUUGCCCAAGUGAAAAGCCAAGCAACAACUCACUCCUCAGUAUGGUCUCAUGGUUGGCGUGGAAAAGGAAACGUGAUUUUAGUCAAUAUUGUAACAUGUUUCUUUUUUUUUUUAUACCGCAGUGUGUGUGUGUGUGUGUGUGUGCGCGCGUGCGUGUGCGUGUGUGUAACUGGCAGUUGUUUCGUGUUCAGGUUGGGUUUUUGAAACAAACUUACAGUGUUCGUCCUGCACUGUACUAUAGAAUUUCACAGCAUAGUCUUUGCUGCCUGUCCGAAGAAACUUAUCAUACAGAUUGUGGUGGUGACCGUUUGGACUAAUUGUUCCUGAAACACAGGGCAUGUAUGAAGUCUUUCAAGGACAAAAAUAUCAGCAUUACAAUACUUGGGAGCCGAGCUGUGGUGCCAAAGCAUGGUUUAGCCAUAGGAACCAUUUAAAAAGAGGUACUGUAGUUGUACAUAAGAAGCUUCAUGUAUGCAUGGGCUCUACCGCCACUUGCUGUCCUGUCCUGUAUAAACAGUGCGUCAGUGCUGACACUCCUCUAGCAGUUGUAUAAAUCCUAACCUGAUCACCCCACAGGUGUGUAGAUAAAGCUUUGUGACUACCUUCAGAAACCACGCUGUCGUGUCUGCCUUCUGAUCCCUUGUUGAAUCGAACCUCCGUCCACCUCCUAACAAACCUAGUCUAGCUUAGGUCGUAGUAGCCGUGUGACAGUUAGAAUACAGUUGUACUUCAGGAUCUGUUCUCUGUGGGAUUCAAAAAUUGUACAGUGGAUGCAACAAACAAACCUGGCUCACUUGGCUGUUUUUUAUAUAUGUAUUAUGAAUGAAUGUUUACAUUUUAGUGCAAAUAUGUGUGUGGACUUGUCAUGGUUUUUGUUAAAUUAUUAUGGGAAAAAAAAAAAAGAAUGACCGCGAGUGGCAGAAUUCAACCAGAAGCCCUGAGUGGAUGAAGGAAUGAGUAAAAGGUGAUCUCCUUUUGUAUAUUUUGAUAUGGAAACUGUCUCGUUGCAGUACUUAUAACCUAUGCUGUUGACGUAUAUUGUAUAAACAAUGGUGGACCUUGUAACAGCUGUCAGUGAUGUUUUUUGAAAGUGACCUUGUAAGGAUAGAUGGACUCAGAUAAAAUGUCGCUUAAGUGGCAUGGUCUUAAUCCCCCUCCGUUGCAAUCAGCUUUGAAGGAUUGUGCAUGUUUUUACAUCCCAUUAUAACAUUUCCGCAGUUUUGUAACAUGCUUGGGGAUCUCGGAAGUUAUUAAUCUUUUCGGAUAGGCCUCCGAUUGCUGAGUUUGAAUCGUUGAUUUGAGCUUUAAAAUUAGUUUUGCGAUGAGAUGUGAACAUAUGGGGUUUGACUUUCAGUUUUGUAUUCUUUCGUUUGUAUUUGUGUUAACUUUUUUUUCAUUGUUUUACUUCAGGAACUGUUCAGAUCAGCAAGUAGAAAUGCUUCCAGUCUUAUUUCAGUUUGCUGCCUUGCGAAGACUCACAUUUGUGUUUUGUCAAGGGAGAUCUAAAUAUGUAAUCCAUAAUGGAAACUUGGCGCAUACAGAGUCUUGGGCAAGUUCGAAUUGAUUUUUCACUCUGCUUUGGGACAAAAAUGUGUGUGUGGGAUUUGUCACUGAAUUUCUGAUGCAAUAUACAGUUUGAUACAUUCUCUUUUUUUGCGGCGACCACCACACCAUCAUAGUAUCUCCUGAACUUAUGUUUUAUCACCGUAUUUCUCUGUAAAUCAGGAGGUAAAUUUGUGGAGAUCUCAGCAGCAGUCCAUGCUAAUUUAUCGUCUCACAUCAAACAAAAUCAUCACAAGGAACUCCUCAUCUCUGCUUUUGCGUGCGCUGUGUCUGUACGAUACACUCCCACUUCUUCAUGCCGGUGCUCAGCUGCCAUCUUCCACAUUUUCCACAUGUGUUUGUGUAUGAAAUCUGUUGCUCCACACUCAGCCCUCUUGACCCCAAGUGACCAACUGGCCUUUGUGAAAUGCCUACCAUGUGGGUAACUGGUGCAGACUGGUGUGACUUUGUUUUUCUCUUGUCUUAACAGUGCUUGAAAUAAAUGAAUUGCAGAGGGCUGGAGAGUCCACUCAUA